AUGGAAGAGACAUUAUAUAAACUUGUAGAAUAUAAAAACAUACUUUACCAAAUACCCAUCAGAAAGAUAAAUCAAGAUAAAGUCAUCCUCUUUAGUGAUAUUCAAGAUAUAUUUCCAAAAGCAACCGCUCUCUUGUCUUGUUCAAAACUUAUUCCAUUUCAACUUGAUGUCAAUCUACAGGAAAUAAUACCCAAGAGAGUCUUGGUGUCUGAUUCAACAAUCGAAAACAUUUGGGAAAUUCAUGUACCCGAAUAUGAUUCAACUAAUACCCUUAUGCAAACAACUAUUGAAAUGCAAAUCAAGAUGGACCAAUUAUCAGAAAAACUUGAUAAAAUACUACUUCAGCAACAUCAAGAAAGCCUAAACAAUAUGACCAUGAGCAAUGCUAUCAGUAGUGACAGCAGCAGCAGUACUAGUAGCAGCAGUAGUAAUAAUAAUAUUAAUAAUAAUGACAGUAAUGGAAAUAGGAGUAGCCAACAUAGUCUUAACAAUGAUUCUCUUCGGGGUGAUCAUAUAGAAGAUAAUCACCAGCAAUUGAUCGAUAUACAACAACAUGGUGAUGCAGAUAUUGAGGAAGAUAAUGAAGAAGAAGAACAUAACGAUAACCCAACAACUGAGGAUGAAAUCAUUCGAUCCGAUAGUCCACCACCAGCCUUUUCUAUACCAUCUACAUCUCACGAAGCGCCACCCUCAUACGAAACUUCAGUCCUGAGCAGCAUUAAAUUACUCAACAGCAAGAUCAGACUGUAUGAAUCACACAUUAACAACAGACAUAAAUCACCCAAAUGGUUAUCCAAAAGACAGGCAUGGUUGGCUAGAGAGCCAGACAGCAUUGAUCAAGUGGCCUUUCAACUCGUUCAGCUGGAGAUGGCCUUACUUUGGACAGCCGUAUCGGAAGCAUGGAUCGAAGAAAGAGAGACAUGGCUAACAUUAGUAAGCAGUGCGCGAUCAGAGAGGCAUCUAGCAGGCGCAUUAGUUGACUUAGAAAGACAUACACUCGUCAUGGAUGAAGAAUGGACUAAUGUUAGGGAAAGAUGGAUCAGCGACUUACUCGAGUUAAUCAUCCUGCCUCUAAGUCAUGGCUAA